GUUUCCAUAUAACCAGCUAUAUGGCUACAUUUCUUCUAUUUGAAGCAGCUUAAACUUUGUUUCGUCGACAAUACGAAAGCACAUUUAUGGUUGAGUCUCGAGUAUUCAGUUGAUUAUGGCGUGACAUCCCAGACGGCGGUGUCUGCAGUCAGUAUUUGAGGUUUUUCCAUGUUCGCAUCACUUAGAUGAGAGUCUGAGCUGAGCAGCAUGCUAGCAUGCUCCGUUAGCACAACAUCACAGGAAAUUAGCCUUCCCACUAGUAUGAGGCGAACGUUUCCUUAUUUAUGCUUAUUAUAAACAUAGUUGAAAUGGACUCGGAGGCGAUAGUGAUCCGAAUCAAGACGCCGUCGGGAGACAUGGACUCGUCCGUGGACUACCCGUCCCUGCUGAACUUCAGUGACCUGCUGGUUGCAAUCAGAGAUGUGAUGCCCGAAGCCACUGUGACAGCCUUUGAAUAUGAAGAUGAAGUGGGAGAUAGAAUCACUGUAAGAAGUGAUGAUGAACUGAAAGCCAUGUUGUCCUAUUACUGCAACACACUGAAUGAACAGCGCAUGAAUGGACUGCUGCCAGACCCUCUGCAGAUUUUUCCAAGAGCGGGCAAGACUCCAGGGAUCCGGAACAUACAUGGCCUGAAGGUUAAUACAAGACCUAAUCCAGCCAAUGACUGCACUCACGCUGCCACAGAGUCAAUAGCCAACAACAGUCUUAAAAAAUCAUCAGCUGAGCUCAAGAAGAUUUUAACAAAUGGGCAGAUAAAUGCUCAAGAUAUCUACUAUCAAGAGCAACUUGGCCAUGGAAAUGGAGGAACUGUUUACAAAGCAUAUCAUGUUCUUGGCAAGCGGGUUUUAGCUGUCAAGGUUAUUCCUCUGGAUAUCACAGUGGAACUACAAAAGCAAAUCAUGUCAGAAUUGGAAAUUCUGUACAAGUGUGAUUCGCCCUACAUCAUCACUUUCUUCAGUGCCUUUUUUGUAGAGAACAGGAUAUCUAUCUGCACAGAAUUUAUGGAUGGUGGAUCUUUGGAUGUCUACAAAAGAAUUCCAGAGCACGUCCUGGGAAGGAUUGCAGUUGCAGUAGUCAAAGGCUUGACGUAUCUGUGGAGCCUGAAGAUACUUCACAGAGAUGUCAAGCCUUCCAAUAUGCUGGUGAACACCCGAGGACAAGUCAAGCUGUGUGACUUUGGUGUCAGCACGCAGUUGGUAAACUCUAUUGCCAAAACAUAUGUGGGAACCAAUGCAUACAUGGCACCAGAGAGGAUAUCAGGAGAACAAUAUGGGAUCCAUGCUGAUGUCUGGAGUGUGGGCAUCUCUUUCAUGGAGCUGGCACUCGGCAUGUUCCCGUAUCCAAAAAUUCAGAAAAAUCAAGGAUCUUUAAUGCCUCUCCAGUUACUGCAAUGCAUCGUUGAUGAGGAUCCUCCAGACCUUCCCGUCGGACAGUUCAGCGAGAAGUUUGUUCACUUCAUCACUCAAUGUAUGCGGCGGAGCCCUAAGGAGAGACCUGCACCUAAUAACCUCAUGGAUCAUUCCUUCAUCAUCCAGUAUAAUGAUGGAAAUGCAGAGGUUGUGUCCAUGUGGGUUUGUCGCUGUCUGGAGGAGAGACGAACUCAGCAGGAUCAGUGAUGACGCCCUCCAGCCGCCCACGAAGGACACGGACAUUUCACGCCAAACCUUGAUCACUUAUGAAAGGCAUCAGGGUCAAGUACGUCCAUAUGCACUGCACAAGUGACUUAAUGUACAUGGACAAAAAUCACUAGUUGUUACAGACUUUAUGUAUGUAAGUAUAUCUUUAUUUAACAAAAAUUGUGCACCGUGACAAUGAGAAGCUUGCAUCCUUUUGAGUCUAAAUCUCUGCAACCAAAAAGUGCGCAAUCCAAGCUGUGCUUUUCUUUUUUUUUUCUUGGACUGCGGCUCCUGUAGUUGAUGCUUCCUCAAAUGUUUCUGGAGAAACCUGAAAUGUGCUCUGUGCCGUAGUCUGAAGAAGGUAAAUGGUCCUGGUUCAAAGAUCAGAGACGAUAAACAACUGACUGCAAAACUGCCAACGGUUGACAGAGUUUUACUCUGCUUUUGUGAUGAAAUCUCAAUGACCGUCUGGGGCUUUACUUCUGCAGCUCUUUGGUGAAUAUCAAGGUUUUUCUUUCUGUGAUUAACUGCCAUCUUCUGUGCUUGUUGUUUGUUUUUUUUUGUCUUUCUUCAGUGGUCCAAAUUAUAUCUUCAGCAAGUUAAAUUUGUCAUUAUAAUAGAGAGUUGCCCAUCAAAAAUACUGUUAUCUUCUGCCCAUGGUCCACAACAAAAGUAUCCUACGAACCACUGAAGGCCCAAACACAGACGAGCCGAUGGCUGUCGAGUGUCGGUUGGGACCAAAGCGUGAACAUCUAACUUCACAGAAAAAAAAAAAUAGGAAGAUCCUGAACUCUCGUCUGUUUUAUGGCAUUUAAGCCAAAACGAUUUUAAAGUAAUGUUUGUGGGGUACUUGUAAGACCAAUAGC